AUAUUUAAAUUAAACAAUAAUUGCAUUUGUAAAGGUUAAGAAUGGUGUUUAUGUGUCUUUAUUUUUGUUUUCUACACUUUCAGCUGCUGCCAGCUACACGAUGCUCUACAAUCUCCUUACCUUUCCUGCGGGUGUAGUCACUGUUUCCACAGUGACCACAAAGGAUGAGGAGGAACUCAAGCACUAUAAGGGCUGUUAUCAGGACAUGUGGGACAAACUCUUCAAAGAGGCAGUGACUGGUGGUGAGGGUCUACCUGUGGCGGUUCAGUGUGUUGCUCUGCCGUGGCAGGAUGAGCUCUGCCUGCGCUUCAUGAAGGAAGUGGAACAACUGGUCAAAGAAAGCAAGAAGUAAAGCUGCUUUCUUUCUCAGUCUCACAGGAGAGGCUGCAGACUUCAGAGACAACAAGUUAAUUUGAGUACAUUCUGUAAUAAUAAGCUAAUCAAGUCAUAAAUGGUGGAGAAUUCUUCAUCUAGACACUUUUUUUGGCUGUUUGCUAAAGGUUAAAUAAAA